CCGGCCGAGGUCCCGGACGCGCAGUGCGCGGUUGCGCGCGCAUCCAAGUCGCCAUAACCGUGACAAUUCCCUUAGAAGUGGCUCAGGGUUUGUUUCCUGUACAGUCGGAGGGAUCUCAAACCACAGUACUCAUGAAUGUAUGCAGAUCUCCACUCUGAAUCUGAAGGAAAUUAACUUCCCUCCAAAAAUGCAACUCUGAAGCCCAGUGUUACAGUAUCAGAUGGAGAGAUGUUGGCUCUGAAUAAGAUGAUGUCAAUCCCUCUAUGCCCCAAUAUUCUGGACGUACAUGAACGAGACAGGUUAAUAAAAGGUGCUUCUAAGGAACAGAUCACCAUUCUAACAAGAGAGAAAUUCAACUCUGAGGCUUCUCGCCAGAACUUCAGGUAUUUUCCAUAUUCAGAAAAGGCUGGACCCCGGGAGGUUGUAAACCAACUCUGGGAACUCUGCUUUCAGUGGCUGAGGCCAGAGAUUCACACAAAGGAGCAGAUCUUAGAGCUACUGGUGUUGGAGCAAUUCCUGACCAUCUUGCCCAGUGAGAUUAGGAUUUGUGUGAAGUCCCAGCAUCCAGAGAACAUUGAAGAGGUGAUCACCUUAGUGGAAGAUUUGACUCAAAUACUUGAUGAGAAAGCUGUAAGUUCUCAAGAUCCUGCUCUUCUCCAAAAGGGAAGCAUAGAAGAGGAAAAGCCUACUGUACUCCCAGUAGACAGAUUUCAGGAAAUGGUGACAUUCAAAGAUGUGGAUCCAGACUUCACUUGGGAAGAGUGGACUCAACUGGCUCCUGUUCAACAAGACCUCUACAAGGAAGUGCUUCUGGAGAACUAUAGGAAUAUGAUUUUUCUUGGGCUUUCAAUUCCCAAACCAGAUGUGAUCUCCCAGUUAGAAUGUGGGGAAAUGCCAUGAACACUGGAGAAUGAAUCCUCAAGAGCCAUCUGUCCAUAUUUUGACACUGAGCUUGAAGCAAAGGAGCCACUUUCAAAGUGGGAAACUUCUGUAGAAAAACUAUCUCAGAGGACAGUAAUGGAAAGAUCUACAAGACAUAGUUCCUCGGACUCCAAAUUAGGAGAAACCUUUAAAUUUCAAGGCCCAUUAGUGAAGGAGCAGAGCCAACAAGAGAAUCAUUUGAAACAAGUGAUGAUCACACAUGAGAAAACUCUAAGUAAGGAAGAAAUCUCUGAAAGUAAUGAGUUUGAGAGACACUUUGACCUGAGAUCAAUCCUAAUUACUCAACAGAAAGUUCCCAUAGUAAAUGGUGUUUAUAAAUAUAAUAUUCAUGAAAAAUGUUUCAAAGAUAAUUCACAACUAACUAAAUGCCCAAGAAUCUAUACAGCACAGAAAUCUUUUACAUAUAAUGAAUUUGAGAAAUCCUUUAAACCUAUUUCACAUUUGAAACUUUGCUCUACCCAUCAUUCUGCAGAGAAAUCCUAUAAAUGUAAUGAAUGUGGGAAAGCUUUCACUAAGUGGGCGAAUCUUACUCGACAUCAAAGAAUUCAUUCUGGAGAGAAGCCUUAUAAAUGUGAUGAAUGUGGGAAAGCUUUCACACAAAGGACACAUCUUACACAGCAUCAGCUUACUCAUAUUGGAGAGAAACCAUUUAAGUGUAAUCAAUGUGGGAAAGCCUUUUUUCAGAGGGGACACCUUGUUCAACAUCAGCAUACACAUAUUGAAGAAAAACCCUUUAAGUGUAACGAAUGUGGGAAAGCCUACAGUUCUGUUUCACAACUUAAUCUUCAUCAAAGAAUUCAUUCUGGAGAGAAAGCCUAUAAAUGUAAUGAAUGUGGUAAAGCCUUUACCAAAUGGGCAAAUCUUACUCGACAUCAGAGAAUUCAUUCAGGAGAGAAACCCUAUAAAUGUAAUGAUUGUGAGAAAGCCUUCUCACAAAGAGCACACCUUACUCAACAUCAACUUAUUCACAUUGGAGAAAAACCAUUCAAGUGUAAUGAAUGUGAGAAAGCUUUCAUCCAGGUUUCACAGCUUAAUCUUCAUCAAAUUAUUCAUUCUGGAGAAAAACCUUAUAAAUGCAAUGAAUGUGGUAAAGCCUUCACCCAAAGGACAAUUCUUACUCAACAUCAGAAAAUUCAUUCUGGUGAGAAACCUUUUAAAUGUAAUGCAUGUGGAAAAGCCUUUACUAAGCGGUCAAAUCUUACUCAACAUCAGCAUACUCAUAUUGAAGAGAAACCGUUUAAAUGCAAUAUAUGUGAGAAAGCCUACAGUUAUAUUUUACAGCUUAAUAUUCAUCAAAGAGUUCAUUCUGGAGAAAAACCCUAUAAAUGUAAUGAAUGUGGAAAAGCCUUUACCAAGCGAGUGAUCCUUACUCAACAUCAGAAAAUUCAUUCUGGAGAAAAACCCUAUAAGUGUAAUGAAUGUUGUAAAGCUUUUACCAAGCAAGCUAAUCUUACUCGACAUCAGAGAAUUCAUUCUGGAGAGAAACCUUAUAAAUGUAAUGACUGUGGCAAAAGCUUUACCCAGAAACCAAACCUUAUUCAACAUCAAAGAAUUCAUGCUGGAGAUAAAAGCCUUGUACAGGGUACAUGUGUAACUAAUGUUUGUUGAGUUCAUUCAAAUUAAAAUAUUUUGCUAAAAUCUAAGUAACUUGUCUAAAGCAUCACCCUGAUGUACAGUUGUUCAGUUAAAAAAGAAAGAAAAGAAAAGACCAUUUUAGUCUGGCAUGACCUGUUGUGAUAAAGAUAUUUUUACUUUAAAUAACACUUGUUUUUGAAACUGUUCACAAAUCAUGCCAUAGUAAAGUAUUCUAGAACACUUUCUGCAAAAGAUAGAAGUCAGACUCACUAGUUUGGCCUUUUAUCUUUUUAAAAUAUGAUCUAUUUAUGUCCUUUAACUUUAUAUUACUGUCAUUUCUAGGGGAAAAAAUUCUUCAGAUUCGACAUUCCCUUGAGAAAAACAAUUAAGUACAAACAUGCAGUACAGUGACUGCCUCUGACAAUACGUACAACCUUCUGCCCUAUUAACCCCGCCUUUUCCACUUCUCUACUGUGAACAGAUAUCUUAUUGUUCUCUUUCACCUAUUCAAGGUUCAGAUUUCUUUUUUUGAUUUUUUUUAUAUUGUUCUUUUGGUCUUCUUUUUAACUUUUCUAAAAAGUAGAAUGUUUGCCCUUCCUCUAUCCUAAGAUUCCUCUCAUAUUUUUCAAACUUUUUCAAAUGUCAUUGAUAUGGCUC